AUGCCGAUCCUUAUUCCCGCCAAAAACUCGCAGCACCGCUUCGCUUGCCUCGCCCUCUACCGGGCGCUCUUGCGCUCCGCCCGAGAGAUCCCUCUCCCCCCGGAGCUCACCUUCAACGGCAAGCACCCGAUCCGGGCCGCCCUUAGGAGGCAGUUCCGCAAGAACAGAGCAGAUACUAGUCCGCGCUUAGUGUACGCGGGACUGAGCGCAGGGUACAAGUUUCUCGCGCUCUUUGGCAAGGCAAAGGUUACCACGUCGCCUGAAUACGAAUCUAUUCUUAAUGAGGUCAAAGACCGAGUGCACGCUUACAACAGUCGACCGCCGCGGGUCGAACCUCCAAAACGGCCAUCCAUUCCUCUCCUUACCCGCCUGCCACCCGUGACGAAUAAUCCCAGGGAGCGACCAGUAUACAAGGCUACGGUACGGCCGCUUCCAAAGUCGGCUCUCAAGGGGGACCGAAAGAUCCCCUAUCUUGCCGCUUCGUCUUUUGGCGUGCCGUUUCUCCGCAUAACUAAGGGAAAGCAACCGCCGAGGUUGUCCGGCAAAAUACAAAGUUUCAAUAAAAAAAUACAGCUCUAUGCGGAACUGAUAUCAAAGAUCCCAAAUGUCCUGAUACCGGACGUAUACACCGAGGAUAGGUGGGAGAGGAUGAUGGGUGCCUUGGCUCGGGAGGAGAGCAAACGGAGGAAACUGUCCGGCCCCGAGAUGGACCUCUUGCUCGGGGACGGCAGGGCCACGUACGUCCAGAACUUGAGAGAAGUGCGGGGUGAGCUUAUAUCCAAGCUGAAUAAGAUCAAGAUCGACAAUCUCGCCAAGGCGAAAGCAAUGGUUCAACUGAUCCGGGAGGAAGAGGCCCUCGCGGAGAUUGAGAAGCGGGAAGAACAGGCCAGAACACAGGAGAAAAUGGCGACAUGA